AUGGGUCGUUCGCGUGGUAAGUCGAUCCUCUCCGGCUUUGGGGGGUCAAGGCACAAUGGUUCUGCUAAAGAAAGCAAAAAGUUGUCGAGCGACGUUACGCCAGUGGCCAACGUAACUCCAUCCGAUACACCACCCCAGUGGCAAACCCCUCCCGACACACCAUCUCCUCCGACCGAAUCAUCCCCUGUGAGCUCUGGACCAAGAGGUGGGGAUAGCUCGCGACCGGCAUCCAUGAUCUUCUCACGAAAUCCACCUCUCAUGCAACAGGCGGGUGAUACCCCGCCGGAGCUGUCGCCAAUCUUUUCAUUCCUCAAUAUCCACACGAACAAGGUCUACCAGGAAGGAUACUUUUUAAAAUUGAACGACCUGGAUUCUCACGGACGGCCUUCUGGUGAUCGGCAAUGGGUGGAAUGCUACGCACAGCUGGUUGGAACUGUUCUGUCAUUAUGGGAUGGCGCUGCGCUGGACGCAGCAGGUGGAGAAGAGGUCCCGGCGACCUUUAUCAAUUUGGCCGAUGCGUCUAUUAAGAUGAUUGAGACUCUUCCGAUCCAAAAUGGAGCUACACAACCAUUGAAGAACGUACUCAGCCUUUCUUCGGCAGGCAAAAAUCGAUACCUUUUACAUUUCAAUUCUUUUAACUCGCUGACCCAAUGGACUGCGGCGAUUCGUCUCGCGAUGUUCGAACACACAUCUUUGUACGAAGCGUACACUGGUUCUUUGAUUGCUGCGAGAGGAAGAACUCUUAACGGAAUCAACUCUAUCCUGGCACCCACCAAAUUCAAGUACGAAGAUUGGGCGCGUGUACGAUUUGGAGCAGGAACCCCGUGGAGACGGUGCUGGUUUGUGAUCUGCCCGCCAGAUGAAAAGGAGCUCCAAAAAGCGCGGAAACUCAUGAAGAAAUCGGCGUAUGACCGCUUGACAAUGCCAGUUACCGGAAACAUCAAGUUUUACGAGACGAGGAAGACGAAAAAGGCGAUUCCCAUUGCAACGGUUACCCAGGUUUACUCGGCAUAUGCAAUUUAUCCACAAUCUAAAGCUCUAAUUGAUACAUCCACCCUGGUGAAAUUGGAAGGACGGAUCACCACCCAUUCACCUGAUUCUUCCUCGGAGGGACUAGUUUUCAUCAUGCCGGAGUUGCAUCCUGCGGUUUCUGGACUCGAGAUGAUGCUACGCUUCCUUUUCCCGACAUUCGACACUUUCAAUCUCUACGGCCGUCCUACUCGCCUGGUGGCAGACACUAAUCACAUUAAGAGCAUCAUGUUUGCCUUCCCUAAGGAGCGACGCUACGGUUAUCUUGAUGUGUUGGAUAUUGCCAACCUUCUCCAAACCCCAGGAAGCCAAGAAUGGAGCGAGGCUCAAUGGAGAAAACAGCUCAAAGAGGCAACACAGCUCCGAAUCUCUUCUGGCAGGAGCAGAACCAAUAGUGUCAACAGCACGAGACCUCGUUAUCGAUCGAUGUCUGGCCGAAACAGUGAUGUCCCUAUGGACUCUACUCGCCGCCAGUUUGCUGGUCUCGAGAACAAGGCUGGAUUCAACAAUUCUACCGAGGCUAUUAUUCACGAAGUCCCCCAAAACGAGGGUUCGCCAGUCCUGUAUCACAAUCGCGUGAUUUCUGAUGCCGCAGGUUUCGAUUCACCUGACUCGUCUUCUCAGGAUCUGAUGCACCGCCCAGCAGUCGCCCCUAUUGCUGAGGGUACCAGCUCUGAAAGUGACCCGAAUCUCGAUCGUAUCCAAGGCCCGCCAGUCGGAGAGCAGCUCCUUUCAAACACCCCACCGGCUCCUGUUGAAAACCCACCCGCAUUUUCGCAUGGACCCAAAGAAAUUCCCACUAACAGACCAGAGGCUUCUUCAGAGCAGAGGUUGGCAAACAACCGGAUGUCCCACGCAACACUUUCUCAGCUCACAUCGGUCGGAACAAUGGGGCUGAGCGCGGCAGCCGCCGGUGCUGCAUGGAAAAGCCACCAGGCACAGACUACGAACAACCAACCGCCCCAGGACAGGAGACUCGACAAUGUCUACACUCCUGGCCCCGUCAUUUCUACCAACUCUCUUGCAACUAAAUCAAGUGAUGAGGGCUUAGGCCGUGCAUUCCCAGUUCGACCUCCUCCAGCUCCAGAGCAUCGCCCGAACACACCUAGUACUACCGGCAGCCCACAGCGGGUUUCUCCCCAGAAGUAUUCCCCUCAACGGAUGCAGAUUGAUGCCAACAAAUCUGUGCGACGCAAGCCACUCCCCCAGCAAAACCUAUUCGGGAUAGAGCCACAGUCACCAAGCGAACCCACUUAUGAUGAUCUUCGCCAUACCCUUGAUGAAGAUGUGUUGAAUAAAAUUGCUCCUCAUCUUCCAUCCCCAAUUUCAUCUACUGGAAAAAGAAACGGGAAUGAGGACGAGAGCGUUUAUGAUGAUGCAUCGACGGUUUCACCUGACUAUGCUAGCACCCACGAUUCUGUCCACAGCAAGAAAUCCACCGCGUCCACCAAACCCAGAAUGGGUGUCAUGAAGACCGUGGGAGUACCAGCUGUGAAGGACUAUGUCAUUGGCGAUGCUCAUUAUACUAUGGAUAAGCCUCCGACCUCGAAUCCGGAUAUUCCCAUUGUUGACUUCGGCCCAACCAUGACGUAUAUGCCUACUACUGGGCGCCCAACCACCUCAGACACCCUGAGAAGACCAAUGCAUCAACGCAAUGAUUCGUCGGGAACCAAGUUUUCUGUUCCCACUCAAGCAAUCGAUCCAGCUAAUGCCCGGCCUUCCAGCGGGGAGGAAUAUCGACGGAGCAUGCUGUGGCAGCCUGGAAUGGCUUCUGGUCGCCCUGUCACUCCAGGUGGAGGUCUCACCCCGGAGCAGUUCGUGCAGCAACGGGCGGCCCCCAGUCCCCCGGUGCAUCUCCACAACCGCACACCGUCCAAUCCCAUGUCAGUGCACCGCCCGGCAUCUGGCGACUGGACACAGCAUGCCCGUCCUAAUUCGCCUAUGAACCCUCAGCGACCUUCGUCUCGUGGUGCCCAGGGUAUGCUUAACUUCAGCGAGGCUUCACCCAAUCUUUCUGCUCGCGAACAGGAGCACGUUGCCCGCAUGACUGGUUCUACAUUCUUCAAUAUGUCAAAUGACAACCAGAAACCACAGGCGCCGGUAAACCCCAUGGGCCUUGUCUCGCACAUCGAUGCUCGGGAGCGCGAGAAGCGUGAAAUGAGGGAGGGAAUGUCGAACCAGGCGGUUCAACAGGCCAUUGCGCACCGUCAGCAACACAUGAUGCAGCAAUCUAUGAUGAACCAGCAACAGUACGCACCUCACCAGUUCUCGACGCCGUUCUUGCCGGCGUUCGCACCUCAGCAGAUGCAGCCCCAACAGGUUGGCUCUGUGUACCCGUCUCCACAUGGUCAUGUUCGCCACGAGUCCAUGUACAACAUGCCGGCUGCCAGCCACACAUGGGAUGCCCUAAACCAGACGGCCCGUGCCGACGAACCCCGACGGUCAUCCUGGUACGGACAACUUGCGCAGGCUCCUCAAACACCACCUAGCUAUCCACAAAGCCAGACGUACGGUCAAGAGCCGAGGUACUACACCCACGCUCAAUGA